CGCAAACUGCAUACAGGAAGCUCCAAAAGAUAUAGUGAUGUUGUCUUUUUUAGUUUUGAAUUGUAAUACAAAUGAUUUGUAAUGCAUUUUUGCAUUUUAAACUUCUGCUGAUAAUGAGUGAAAGGGUGCUUAGGGCUUUCUGCAAUCAAAUGCACUGCGCCGAGGUCGUCUUGACAACCUCAUACAUUGUUGCAAAUUGAGCAGAAACCACAACCACUUUCCCACGGUAAGACUAACAGAAGACACUACGAACACGUUGUGGGUAGAAGAGGAAGACACUACAGCGGUUCACAAAGAGAUGUAUUAAUUAACGUUAAAUGGUUCGGUUCAUCCUGAAACAAGCCGUGACAACCUUCCGUUCGUCCUGAAACAAGAGCCAUGACUCAAGAAAUAAAGGAGGCAAUCCUGCAGGUAUUACCUACAUUAGCAGAGGAUACCCUGUCUUUGCUGCUGACCAGACUUAACAGCAUUGGCGUGGACCGCAAGUCGGAUUUGCAAUAUGUGAAGGAGGAGGAUCUGUCAGAACAUCUUCGACCUAUAGAAUCGCGAAAACUGCUAAACAAAUGGAGCACCGAUGGGCAGCUGAGGUGUGCUGAAAAUUUACAAAGUGACAAUUCACAAUCAGACUCCACACGUAGUCCAUGCAGACUGGAUUCAUCCUCCUCAUCCUUCUCAUCCAGCCCAACCAGCACAAAUAGCAGCACCAGCACAGUCGACAUAGACUCUUGGCCAGACUGUUUUAAAGUUCCUUGGGGCAAAAUGCCUCAUGCCAUAUCAAUGGCUGUGCAUUCACAAAAGCGCCCAGCUCCAAGAGACCGAAGAGAAAUGGUCCGGAUCAUAGUAGAUGAAAUGAGGGUGAUUGAAGCCAAUCCUUCUAGAUCUGAUUGCUUUUCUGUUGCUAAGAAAAUAGUUAGACAGUAUCCCAAGAGCUUUGCCGAUGUCUUGAAAGAUGGCACUAAAAUUGGAAGUGGAUAUGCUUCCCUUGUCAAUCAGAUUAAAUCCAGGGUUGAACACCUGAAUAGGGACAAUGUUACAGCAAGACGCCGGAGAGGAAAAACACUGCCAAGCUCAUCCACCACCAAGAGCACCAAAGGACCAUCAGAUCAAUAUGGGUGUAUCAGUUGGCAGCCUGAGUGUCCUACUGGGGAAACUGAAGACAGCCUUAAGGGGAAAAAAGAACAAAUGCAAGAGAUGUUUUCAAGAGAAGGUCCAGUGGGGGGAGAGAGAGGAUGUGUCGACCAGCUAAUGCAUGUUACAUACUACCUGCAACGUAAGUCUAUCAACGCAAGUCCACCUCACACAAUUGCUGAGCUUAGAAAAGAUUGGCCAUAUCUCUUCACUCAGAAAGGCCUCUACAGUCACUUUCAGCAUCUUACAGACAUACCCAUCCUGGAAAAAAUGGAGGGAGCAAUUGCAGAAAAGGGAAAGAUGAUCCUCCAGUUUUUUCGCCAAAAGCCAACAAACUCGGAGGUGAAGCAGGUGCUGUCCAUGUUUGAGGCCAGUGGGUCUACCGUAGUUGGACCUUGUGUUAUCCUGUGCUUAAUGGCACACUUCAAAGAGAACCCAGAUGGACUACUGUUACAAGUUGAUGAAACAGCCACUCCUGCAGACGUGGAGAGAUUGCCUUUACCAGAUGCUCCCAGAUUAGUUAUUCAAGGGAACAAAUUUGUUUCCAACAAAUGGAUGCUAACCAUCGAAAAACAAGUGGUGAUGACUCCACAUUCAAGCUUCACUGCAGGCCUGGCCACUUUGUUUGCAACCUUAUAUACCUUCAAUUUGGAGUACCAAGAGGAGGCUUCAUGUGUCCUUGAAUUCAUCCAAAGGUGCUUUGUGGGAAUCAACCCAGACACCGGCUCCAAGGCUUCAAGUGGAAAGAAAAAACGUCACACAAUCAAUUGCAGAAAAGGAUGCCUUGGUAAAUCCAGGACCUGCAUCCACCGAGUUGUACCAGCUCCGGAUGGUUUGGGGGUGUGGAAGGACGAGAUCGAAGGACUGGCGCACAUACUCCAUUUCCAUAGGCACACCAGAUAUGGAGCCCUCUAGAAGCUCAGCACACGGAGACGAAAUAAGCGCUUUCUGCUUCAACUCAAGGAUGAUCGAGGAUAGACUGUGAACUUUUGUUUUUUAAUCUGUUAAUUCUGUCAUUUUGGACCUUUAUCCGUUUGCGGCAUUCUUGGAGUUUACAUUCCACCACAUUUACCUUGCGUUUCAGUGUUUGUGGUGAAUCACUGACCAUGUAUGCAUGGUCUAGAAGAACAUUGGAUGUCUCUGUUGUGCUAGGGUAACAAUAAUCAUGUACCACAAUGUGCUCAUUGCCCAGUUCCUCUUCCACGUCACCCAUACCUGCCUCCUCUGCAUCAAAAUCAAAAUCCCCCCCCACCUCAUCAUCAAUACCUGCCUUUCCCAUCGCCAAACCCUCCUGUUCAUUAUCAGUGACAUCCUCGGCCAAAAAGGCUGAGUGCAGAGUAUAUGCAGAGUAUAUGUUGCACAUAUGUUGCACAA